UUGUCUCACUAUCAUAGUACAUGAGAGUCUUUAUCGCAAAACAAAACAAAGUACAUGAGAGUCUUUACAAGCAAUUCCCAUUUUUCUGCAUAUGAUAUAUUAAAAAACAGAGAAAGACGGAACAAAGAUAAUCUUCAUAAAUUAAGAGUCGGGAUUGGCGUCUCAGAACAUGAGUUAAAUGUUUUGCUUUCACAACCACUUCAUCUUCUUCCUUUCUAUAAAUCUUUCUUCUUUUCUUCUUUUGGGAAGUAUGAGAAAGAGAUCGUGACAUCUUGCCUGAAACAGAAGGCAGCAUCUCCGGUUCUGACGUUUCUAUACACUCAAAAGUCAGAACACACAAGAAAUAUAAUAGAAGGCAAUUUUUUUUUGUUGGCUGAGAAUUGGAGUUCAUCCAUGGCUUCUUCUUUGGUAUCCAAAUCAUCAGAUGAGUCUGAUGCUACAUGGGAGGCACUGCUGCCACCGGAUUAUGAAGAUGUUCUCAAGGCAGUUCCCUGGACAGAACUUUUCCGGUCGAAGAAAGAGCUUUAUGAUCGUUUAUGCAAUUAUCUACCCAUUGGCACCGGCAACUUGUUCCUGUUCAAAUUGGAGAAAUCCACUGGCAAGAAAUGCUUAAUGUUGAGUACAGGAUACCCUAACAUUGCAAUGGAAGGAGUAGAGAGCUACUGGACCAGGACAUCCAUGCCAGAAUCAAGGUUCUCAGAGGUGGUUAAACUUAAGCGCGUCCGAUGGUUGGAAAUUGGUGCAACGAUUAAUUCGGUUUUUUUUUCACCCAAAACACUUUAUGGUGCAUAUCUGAUCCUGAAAUUUGAGAAACAAGCAUCAGGGUUGGAUGCAGCGCCUUCAGAGAUUACAGUAGAAAUUGGAAGUCGAGUUUCCACACGCAGGGCAUAUCUACCUAAUUCCGUAGACAACAGCAGCAAUAAAGAUGAAGAUGAAGAUGGUGGUGUCAAUCCAAAUCAUGAAUACAACAACAACAAUGAAGAUGACGACAAGAGUGGAGAUGUGGAUGGUGAUCUCAAUUCUGAUGACAACGAUGAAGACGAUGAAUUCGAUAGUGUUCUUUAUCCAGAGGAAAACGGCAACAAAGAUGAAACAGAGAAGGAAAGAGAGCGUCUCCCAUAUGUCACCCCACGUCGCAGAGAUGAUGGGUGGAUGGAGAUCGAGUUGGGAUACUUCUUUUUUGAUGGUACGCAGAUAGAAGUAACAAUGAAAUUAAAGGAAAAUAGCAACCACUGGAAGAGAGGAAUUAUUAUUCAAGGCAUUGAAGUGAGGCCUCGAGCUUGAGUACCGUGAAGUCAAAUUUUGUGUUCCACCGAUUGAAUAACUGGCUUAAGUGGCGCCACAUCCUUCAUUGAUGAAAAAGAAAAAGAAAAAGAAAAACGAACUUGGGUUUUAUUUUUUUUUAUUUUUUAGUGUUUGUAAU